AUGUCCGAUUCCAUUUGCAUCAUCACUCCGACUCCAGCAACAGCAUUCCACUCCUCCGAGCAAUGGGAGCAUGUUCCAUUGUCGCCGAGGCUCAGCGAGAAGAACUUGAGUGAUUUCAACGCGGUACUGGCGACUCUGUCAAUCAAGAACAAUGGCUCUUCGUUCACCUCGCAUACACCUUCCGACUCCUCCUCUGACAGCGAGUCCAAUCACCGGCUACACACGAGCUCGAAGAAGGUCUGUGUCCGCGAGGAUCUCAACACGUUUCGGAAGAUAGCUCCACGCCGCCUGCUGAAGCCCAAGCCGAUUGAUGUGCCCGAUAUUGCUGGGUCAAAAGCAAAGUGGAGAAAGCCGGAUACGCCUGCUCCCUGGCAUGUUGCUGAAGCAGACGGCAAUGCCGAGCUUAGAUCACGUACGCCUUCGGAUCUCGAAUCUCCACCACAAACUGCGAUACCGCUUCGCCGCUCGCCGCUCGUGCCACCAUCACCUUUCCGAUCAGGCAAAAUCACGAUCAAGCGCAAACGCAGCAUCGACUCCGCCGUGGACAAUCCUCUCUCCAGCCUCGCAGACUCGUCGGACACCAAGUCUCCCUCAUCUAACCAUCGACUCGACGCCCGUUCCAAAAUCCGACCCACCUUCCGUCAUGAACCCGCAACAGGAAUAAUCGCAGUCCGACGACUCAGCCAACUCGCAACGCCACGACCACGCUCCUUACCAAUGAGUCCUCGCUCCGCACCAGCCUCCACUGCCCUCCAUUCAAACAACUCCACCACCACCUGGCGCGACCGAUCAGGAUCCCUCACACCGAAACCCGGCCCAUCCAUCCUGAUGCGAUCAUUCGCCUACGACGAUCUCAGAAGCCUAGUCGACGAGCCUCCAUCGAUGACACCUUCCUCCUGGCCGCCUGUUGAAGAGAGCUCACUGUUGCGGACUCCGGUGAUUGAGCAGACGAGGCCACUGAGGACGCAGAGAAAGUCUCAUGCAGCUCUAGGGCGUGCUCCCAGCUCCUGCUCCAAUCCACCUGGCAGCUAUCCGGCAACUCAGCACGUGCAUCAAACAACCACACCCAACACCAUGGAGCGCACAGCAACAACAACAACAACGGCUCUAUCCUCACCUCCUACAAGCACCACAGACUUCCUCUACACUCUCCCCUCCCUCGCCUCCCUCUCCACCCUCCCACCCUCCACCCUCAAAUCUCUCAAACUCCGCCUCGAGCAAUACCGGCACCAAAUCCUCCACCUCCAAAAUUCCGCCUCUCCACUCCUCAAACUCCCGCCCGAACUGCGGAAUCGAAUCUUCCUGUACGUCAUGCACGCUUCCCUUUCUCACCGCCGCAACGCCUCCCCACGGCCGUCCAACUCUGCUGCCCUGUUCGCACAACCGGAAUUCUUCAGGACGUGUAGGCAGAUCUGGAGGGAAUGUGCGGGGGUUUGGGUGGGGGAGGUUUUGGUGUGGGAGGAGGUCGUACUUGCUCGACCAGACCAUGAGUCAGCGGAUGAUGGUCUACGGAAGGAUGACCGGCCGAAGUGGAGGACCCUGGGAAGGGAGGAGGUGAGGGAACUGUGCGUGGCGAAGUCGGAAAGGGGACGCAGAACACUAGUCGUGCAGGCGAGUUUUUGCGGGCUGGACAAGACGAGGAGAGGGCAGGAGGAGAGUUUGGGGGUUUGUGAACGGAGAGGGGUGGUGUCGAUCAGAGGUGGCGAGGCAGGGGUCGGGUUGAGGUGGUGGGUGUGGUGAACGUUUCAAUGGAUCCGUAGAUUCGAUGUUCCACAUUCAAAAGGCCUUCCGGCCAGAAAUCCUGUGCUGUAGACCCUU